GAAUUGGAUGGUAUAUAGCUAGAUUUAAUGUAUUUUGGAGAAAUCCGUCGUCGCAUAGGGAUAUGGGGAUAGAAGGGUUGUUCGCAAUACUGUGGGUAAUAUCAGGCAUAAUAAAUAUUUUUCCAUAUUAUGAAUCCUCAAUGUGUACGUCCGGAAAUACGGAUUAUGCUACGAGAUGUCGUGCAUAUUUCUCAAGUUUAGCAUGUGGUUGGGCCAAUGCAUUAUU